GCGGGUGCCCCCAUGAAGGAGCGCGGCGGCCAGGGCAGCCGGGACAGCGCGGGGCGCCAUGAGAGCGGGCCACGAGCGGAGCCAGGAGUGCCUCCCGCCAAAGAAACGGGACCUUCCCGCCGCCAGCGCCGGCACCGAGGCGGGACGGGCGGGGGGCCCCCAGGGCUCGGGCGAGGGCCCGGAGUGGGCCCGAACGGCCGGACCGGGUCCUGCCGCCCCCCGCUAUGGCCCCGGCGAAGCCCCCGAGGCGGCAGCGGGGCUUACGGUGGACCAGUACGGGAUGCUCUACAAAGUGGCAGCACCACCUGCCACCUUCUCCCCCACGGGCCUGCACCCCGUGGUGAACGUGAGCCCCCUGUCCCCCGCCUUCAACGUGAGCUCGCCCAUCAUUCAGCACCCGGGGGUGCCCUUCCCCCCCAUCCACUACGCGCAGAUCCCUCCGGCCUCCCUGCAGCUCAUCGGGUCCCACUACACAGUGCCCUAUGCCGUCCCUCCUGCCUUCCUGCCUAGUCCUCUCCUGUCUCCUUCCACCAACCUCGCUGCCCCCCACGUCCCCCACUUUGUGCCAUAUGCCUCCCUGUUCGCGGAAGAAGCUGCUCCUUCCCCCCAGACUACCUCUCCCACCCACAGCUUCAACAAAUCCGCCUCUGCAGCCUCUCCUGGGCAGGUGCAGCACCACUCUGUGCCCCAGCUGGACAUGGCCCCGGGCAGGAUUCCUGUUUAUUAUCAGAUGUCCCGCCUCCCACCAGGGUAUGCGGCCUAUGAGGCACCUGCAGCAGGCGGGAGCCCAGUGUCUCCUCAGCAGGACAGUCAGCUGAGCUCAGAGGUGGCUGCAGCCAACGGUGGGCAGAGGCCCCUGGAGCAAAGCAUGGCCAGGAGGCCCAGCGAGGCCGUGGACUCUGCCAGCAGUGCAGCUGAGGACUGUCAGCCCCCGGGGGCUGCAGCAGGAGGUGUGGGUGACGGACAGUUCCUUCCAGGUUACCAGAUGCUGGGAAGAGAGAUCUCUGUGCCAGCUCACAGGAGCACCCCAGACACUGAUCUGGAGGUUCAGAGGGUGGUGGGAGUGCUGGCAUCUCAGGAUUAUCAUGUUCUGGCAGCCCAGAGGAAAGAUGAUCCGAGCCCUUUGAACCUUUGCCAUAAUAUCCCUGAUGGGCAGGAAGACAUGCUGAGAAACACCAUGGAUAGGGCUGGGAACAGCCAGUCCCAGAGCCCAUGUGGAAUGUCCCCCGAGGAGGCUGUUAGACAGAGACAGUUAACCAAAGGAAUGGUGGUAGCCAACGGCAAGCCAGUCCUUGUUCCCAUUGGGUCUGAGCCCAUCAGGUCUUCCACUUCGGAAGCCCUGGUGAGGCAGAGCCCAGAUGCACAGGCUCGAGGAAGCAUGCUGGAAAAGGAGCUGGCCCAGCUGCAGCCACCCAGCUCCUCCCAGCUGCCCUCUCACUUCAUGAAAGGAGCCAUCAUCCAGCUGGCAACAGGAGAGCUGAAGCGGGUGGAGGACCUGCAGACUCAAGAUUUUGUUCGCAGUGCGGAGGAGGUGAAGCUGUCUAUUGAAGGGCGUUCGAAUGCAGGGAAGUGAUCCCGUGGAGGUGUGAGCUGGGGCAGUCCCGGCAGGUGAGCCUCCCCCUCAGGUGGAGGAAUUGCACAGACUCUGACAGGUUCACCAGCAAGGCUGCUCUCUGCCCUGCAGGACUGGCUCUAUUCCAGUUCCGUGGCUGACUCUUGGGGAGUCAGGAGGGCUCCAGUGCCUCAGGGAGCAGCGACAGGCUUAGCUGGGGUGGGGAGCACGGACGUGCUCAUGAGCAUGCAAUGAGAGCAUUCCAGAGGCUGGAGGCUGGGGCUUUCUCCCACCUCCAGGGAUAACUGACUCCCUGCAGGGCAGGGGCUGAGCAUUCAGGACAGGUGGGGAAAUGAGGAGGGCAGACACGGCUUAAGGUAGCAGAUAAAAUUGCUGAAGAUUUUAUUCCUCCUUUCUCAUGAUGGGGAGAGACGGGUCCCCACUGGAGUCUGGGGGCUCUACUCCCAGUAUCCCCUUUCUUCACACAUGCACUUUAAAAGGACCGUUCACUGACGGAGCUCUCGAGGGCAGGACGGAGGUGCUUCUCUGGUGGUUCUGAUUAAUGUCUCUUCCACUGAAUCCAACUGCUCUUUCUUCUUGCAAAGAAUGUACAGAUUUGAAUGAUUCACAGAAAUUCAAGAGGAAGGACCAAAAGGAUGGGUUUGGGUGUAGGUGAAUAGGGAACUUGACCACUUGGGAUGGGACACAAGUUGAGCUGGGAGACAUUUAGUUUCCUGCUAUAAAAUACAUUUAAUUGUUUGCCACCAAAUCAAAUCUUUCUUCCCAUGUUAGUAACUUUAAAAAAAAUCCUGGGCUUAUAAAUUUGCAGAGUCUUUGCCUAGGAAUGAAUGGGGUUGGGGUUUUUUGUCUGGUUGGAUUUGGGGGUUUGGUAUUUUGUUAGUUUGUAUUUUUUUAAAGCUGGAUUAAAAUAUAUUCAGCAUUCUCCAGGAAAGGAUGAAAACAUCCUUUUUCUGUGAGAAGACCGAGGCUAUUUUGUAAUUAACUCAGAAAAAAAAACAUUCUGGAUGGCUAAUUCUUCCCUGCAGGCAGUUUCCUGAAUAAGCUCUGGACAAGAGACAAGUGUUUGUGCAUGUGCAGGCAAGGUACAAAGUUUCUGAAAAGUACAGUUCAUUAAUGUAGGGGCUCUAAAAAUAUCACAGCAUCACAGGGCAUUUUGGGGUGGUUUUGUUAGUUUUUCUGAUGCUUCACUUCGGAGUUCCUCUGUAGAACAAUAAGGUAAAAUCAAGACUAGUCUCUUUCAUGGUGGGACUUAAUACAACUGUGUAUGAAUACCUCAUUGUGGUGAUAACACUCUAUUGAGUGAAGGCUCCUGUAGUUACACUAAUCUGUUCUCUCUGAAUGGUGUAUUAUGACACCAGCUACAACUGCUCAGCCAGGAUAAAGAAUGGUCACUGUUCUGGGGAGGAAAGUUUUCACUGACUUAACCUGGGUUAAGUAUUCCUUGUGUUCAGGUGCCCAUCUCUGUGCUAGGACCAGGCUUUGGAGAGGGCUUUUCUCAGUGUGCAGAGCCCUUAUGUGCAGCAUGCUGUUUCUGUCUCACUGCUCUCAUCUUCCUGAAGUUUCUGUCAGGUGUGCCUGACUUCUGGGGCACUGCUCCUCUCUGUCACAGAAUGGUGUGUGUCAGCACCUCUCCUUGAAGCGGUGCUGCCUGAGGGCUCUUCUGCACUCUCUAGGAGUGUGUCCUGUAACUGGUUGGCUUCUGCUGUGUGAUGGGCAGGUGCUCUGCCUGGGUAUCAGGCAAGUUAGAGAGUCUCCAGAAUGUCCCUUCCAUCCCCAUCCUGUUUUCCUAGCACAUUGCUAGCCAUUUCUGUUGCCUUUGAAAUACCUGCACCUGGACAGACUCUUUUCAGGCCUUAGGUGAGAUGUGCUAAUCAUGCCUUCAGUGUCUGUGCCUCACGGGGCUCUCCAGAAUGAGGGUGCUGCCUGUAUCAUGUGUAGCUGCUCCCAAAUGACACACUACUUCUGAUCUCAUCAGCUGUAUUUGAGAUGUGUGAAGUCACGGUGAUGCUGUCAGGUGAAGAUUCUGCUUCCUCAGGUGCAGCAUCUGCGGGAACAGACGCUGUUUUCACAGCCCUGUUUGUCAGUGAAGUGUCCCCCCUGGGCCCCCCCAUCACCCGGGGGUGUCACAGCUCCUGUUCACUGGACUCUCCUACGCAAAGACCUCGAUUAAUGUUGGUAAUCAGUACGUAAUGCUCAGGAUACCCGAGGUGUCUGUGGCCAGAGGCUGGAGACAGAGGAGCCCAGGUUCUCGUGCGUGUUCUUUGCUCGGUGCAUGCAGAGGAACUGAGAGCUGUGAAAGCUGAGGAAGGGAUCUCACAUACGUGUGGCGUGUGAAUGUAGAGGGGUUGGCCACACCACAGAGGGAAUGUCUGAGCAGCUGAGGGUGCAGAGCCCCUCACAUGUGUGAACACAGGAGUCUGUCUGAGUGAGGAUUUGGAGAGUCUGCCUUAUCCCCUGUGUGUUACUGUGACUCCUCUCCGAUCUCAGCCACACUGUGCCGGGGUCUGAAUGGGCAGCACAGAUGACUGAGGCAAGAUGCUGUGUGGCUAAAACAGCUUUGUACUGUAGGCAGCUGAAGGGCUGUGAAGGUGCUCACCCUCAUUGUUUACCUGGCUGCUGACCUGGACUUUGGCUUGCUGCACCUCUGUUGAGUGCAGUCCUGAGCUCUGUGGAACAGGCCAGGGUGAACUGGACCUCAGUCCUUCUUCCCAGACUCCCUGUCACUCCCACUGUUGUGCAUAUUUCAGCUGCCAGCUCCCCCCUGGAAGCAGUGCUUUCAGGCACAGCUCAAGGCAGGGCACUGAGAUGAAGAAUCUGUGCAUCUGGCUGCUUGCCCCAAACGGUGGGCAGGAGUGGACCACUGGAGGUCCUUCAGCCCAGUUCAGCAGUACUGGUAUCACUGGAACUUGUCCUUACAGGGCUGGGCUGUGUGGCUCAGCACUGCAAUGGUGGUUGUGCUGAGCAUUGAGACUCUCCUGGGACAGGGAGUGUGUGAGAUAGGCUCUGCUGCAGGCAGAAAGGCUGUGAAUGAGCCCGUGGAGCACAUUCUUUUAUUUCUUGGGUUUACAGGGAAAAGAGGAGAUAAAGCCAGGAAAACAUUGUGGAGUGGGAUGGUUACCUGGGCUUUUCUGCUGGCAGAGAUGUGACAGACUUCAGAGAAAUAUGUUCCUAUUGUGGAGGAGAGCUGU